AUGUGGCUUCCCCUAUUUUCCCUCUAUAUUCUAAUAUCAUUAAAUAGUAUUACUUCCAUCGGAAUCGGUGAUUUAAAUGUACCACCGGAACAUGUAACAUAUGUUUUCAAUGCUUUCCCUAGUGUUGCCGAUGCUUGUCUAUCAGAUCCACAAUGUUCUUACAAAGAACUGGCAGAGUCUAAGAGGUGUUGGGGCUAUGAACAUAAUUGUAACAGAGAUAUUUCGUACCCGGUCCGUCCUGUUUGCCCUGGUGACCAUCGCGGUUGGGUGAAGACGAAGGAGGCUCAGUAUGAUACUUUCUACACUCAAGCUGAUUUUGGAUAUGUGAAAGAACAAAUAGAUGAUUUAAUGGUCAUGUGUGAAGCAACAUAUCCUGAUGACACUUCAUUGGAAUGCUCCAAAUAUUUAAGAUUUUGCCGAGGCAGGAACAUGAUGUUAAAUUUCACAGGCCUUAUUGGUCGUGGGGACAACUUGAGAUACAAGAUUGAUAUUCUAGGUCCUGGUCAAAUAGGUGGUUUCUGUAACUUUUAUUCAGAGAGAUUGAAGAAGGAGGCAGACCAUAUGAGUGCUUUACAGUCAUGGGCUCCUGAACUCAUACAUUUUGUCAAGACACCACAGAGACCAAUACCUGAUGGGAUGUGUGACAUAGUAAUAAAGAAACCCACUUAUAUAAUGAAAUUGGAUGCAACUGUUAACAUGUACCACCACUUCUGUGACUUCUUCAACUUGUAUGCCUCACUACAUGUGAACUCGACUCAUCCUUCUACAUUUUCAAAGGAUAAUCACAUUUUGGUGUGGGAAACAUUUACAUAUGAAUCAGCUUUUAAAGAAACAUUUAAGGCGUUCACUGACAACCCUAUUUGGGAUCUGAAAACAUUCAGAGGAAAAGUUGUGUGCUUCAAAAAUGUUGUAUUGCCGCUCUUACCUAGAAUGAUCUUUGGAUUAUUUUACAACACUCCUUUGAUAUAUGGCUGUGAAAGGAGUGGUUUGUUCCAUGCUUUCUCAAGGCAUAUAAUCCAUUCAUUGAAUAUAAAACUGCAGCCACGUACUAAUGACAAAGUAAGAGUGACUCUGCUAUCAAGAGGGACCACAUAUCGCUCCAUACUCAAUGAAAAAGCAAUUAUUGAUGCUUUAAGUAAAGUGGAAGGGUAUGAAGUACAACGCGUGGUGUAUGACAGAACAGUGCCGUUUCUGAAGCAGUUGGAAAUUACUCAUAAUUCCGAUGUAUUUAUUGGCAUGCAUGGCGCUGGAUUAACGCAUUUGCUCUUCUUGCCUGAUUGGGCAGCUGUAUUUGAAGUUUACAAUUGUGAGGACCCUAACUGUUACUUGGAUCUAACACGGCUCCGAGGUCUAAAAUAUGUUACUUGGGAAGACAAAACUAAACUUGUCCAACAGGAUGAGGGUCAUGGUCCUGGCGGCGGUUCUCAUGCUAAGUUCACGAACUAUUCCUUCGACGUGCGUGAGUUUCUACGACUGGUAAAGAAAUGCGCUGAUCACGUACGUAAACAAAAGGCCUUCAACGACCUCCUCGCGUUAUCCGGUCUACGACAAACACACGAAGAGUUGUGA